UCGGGGCGACUGAGAGCCAGGGGGGCGGGCCGGCCGGCGGGCGGGCGGUGGCGCGAGCGGACGCGUGGAUUAGAGGACGGCUGCUGCCUGCCGCGGGCCCUGCCAGCCGCGAGCGGACCCUCUCGCCGGGGCAUGCUUCGGGAUCGCGGGAGCCCGGCACCUGGGCCGCCCGCUGAGCCCUCGUGCGUCUCUUGCACCCCGGGAAUCCGAGACCCGGGGAACCCAAGCCCGGCCUUGGGCCUUAACGCUGCAGCGUGCCGGGCGGGGAAGGGGCUGCAGGCCCCAGAUCCGAGGGCAUGGAGCGGUUAGGGGAGAAAGCCAGUCGCCUGUUAGAAAAGUUGAGACUCUCGGACUCCGGCAGCGCCAAGUUCGGCCGCAGAAAGGGCGAAGCGAGCCGGUCUGGGUCUGAUGGGACCGCCGGAGCAGGCAAGGGGCGCCUGAGUGGGUUGGGGGGACCUAGGAAAUCAGGACACCGAGGAGCUAAUGGGGGGCCUGGGGAUGAGCCUUUGGAGCCGGCCAGGGAGCCAGGGUCCCUGGACGCCGAGCGGAACGCACGCGGCUCCUUUGAGGCGCAGCGCUUCGAAGGGUCCUUUCCUGGGGGGCCGCCGCCCACUCGAGCCUUGCCGCUACCUCCGUCGUUGCCUCCUGAUUUUCGGCUGGAGACCUCGGCCCCGGCCCUCAGCCCUCGCUCCAGCUUCGCCAGUAGCUCGGCCAGCGACGCGAGCAAGCCGUCGAGUCCCCGGGGCAGCCUGCUGCUGGACGGGGCGGGGCCCGGCGGAGCCGGAGGUAGCCGGCCGUGCAGCAACCGGACCAGCGGCAUCAGCAUGGGCUACGACCAGCGCCACGGGAGCCCGCUGCCCGCGGGGCCGUGCCUAUUCGGCCUCCCCCUGACUACUGCCCCGGCGGGCUACUCCUCUGGAGGGGUUCCGUCCGCCUACCCGGAGCUCCAUGCCGCCCUCGACCGACUGUGCGCUCAUCGGCCCGUGGUGUUCGGCUGCCAGGAGAGCCGCCACUCGUACCCCCCAGCCCUGGGCAGCCCCGGAGCUCUAGCCGGAGCCGUGGUGGGAACAGCGGGGCCCUUGGAGAGACGUGGGGCGCAACCCGGACGGCACUCAGUUACGGGCUACGGGGACUGCGCCGCGGGGGCCCGUUACCAGGAUGAACUAACAGCAUUGCUGCGGUUGACGGUGGCUACCCACGGUGGGCGAGAAGCCGGUGCCCGUGGGGAACUCUCGGGGAUUGAGCCGUCGGGUCUGGAGGAGUCCCCCAGUCCCUUCGUUCCAGAGGCCUCCCGGGCCCGGAUGCGGGAGCCAGAGGCCAGAGAAGAUUACUUUGGCACCUGCAUCAAGUGCAACAAAGGCAUCUACGGGCAGAGCAACGCCUGCCAGGCCCUGGACAGCCUCUACCACACCCAGUGCUUUGUCUGCUGCUCCUGUGGACGGACUUUACGCUGCAAAGCCUUCUACAGCGUCAACGGCUCUGUCUACUGUGAGGAAGAUUAUCUGUUUUCAGGGUUUCAGGAGGCAGCUGAGAAGUGCUGUGUCUGCGGCCACUUGAUUUUAGAGAAGAUCCUACAGGCCAUGGGGAAAUCCUAUCACCCAGGCUGCUUCCGAUGCAUCGUUUGUAACAAGUGCCUGGAUGGCGUCCCCUUCACAGUGGACUUCUCCAACCAGGUGUACUGCGUCACUGACUACCACAAAAAUUAUGCCCCAAAAUGUGCAGCCUGUGGACAACCCAUCCUCCCCUCAGAGGGCUGUGAGGACAUUGUGAGGGUGAUCUCGAUGGACCGUGAUUAUCACUUCGAGUGCUACCACUGUGAGGACUGCCGCAUGCAGCUGAGUGACGAGGAAGGGUGCUGCUGUUUCCCUCUCGAUGGACAUUUGCUCUGCCACGGCUGCCACAUGCAGCGACUCAAUGCCCGGCAGCCUCCUACCAACUAUAUCUGAGCUGUAGUUCCUGCUGCUGCCAUCACCACUGUGGAGAAAUGCUCUGGCCAGCCGAGGCGAGGAAUGCACUCUGCAAUCCUUGUGAAGAGGUCUCUGGGGGAGGCCCCAAAGGCCAGAGACCCAAAGAUCCUAACAUUCCAAAUAGCCUUCUGAUGGCCAGGAGGGUGGACUGGCCUUCGUCGUGUGCCGCCUGUGCCGCCGCGAUUGCCCCAGCACACACGGACAGUGUCAGGACUUUCUGAACAUUGGGUUCUGGUGUAUAUUUCCAGUAUAUGUUUCUGUAGAAGUCGAGCAAAGUUCCAGCGCUGGCUGGAUCACACAAGGGGGCGUCACAAAAACCACCCCCAGUCUGUUGUACCCAAUGGAAAGGGGUCAGCCAGGCCUUUCCCACAGUGUCCUAUCUUUGUCUGCAUGAAGGGCUGGAAGCCCUGGACUCUAUGAGGAGUCAUUUCUCGGCUGUCUCUCUAAGGACUAGAGAGCUCCCCGUCUGUCUGCUGGGAUGGGGACCAGCUCCGGGGGGCCUGCUGCCUGUGUUGCCUGUUUCUCAGGGACCUGGGGAAGCUGAGUAGGGCCUGUCCUUGGUUGCUGUUUUUCUCAGUUGCUAGACAUAACGAGCAGGUCUCUGUGUGUGAUACUUUCUGGGUGGGAUGUCCAGGAAGCUUCAGGCUAGCCCCACUGCUGUUUAAGUGCACUGAGCCCUCUAGCCCGGCACACGUGGAUACAUUUGUAUCCCUGUGUGCAGCCCCCUCUGCAACCCCUUUUUUUCUCAGGUGACUUUUACACUUAGUUCCCUAGCAGUAGUUUAUCAUUUGAGGUCCACCUCUUAAAGGGAUCGUGCAUCGGAUCUGCUACAGCCCUACAGCUCAAGGCUUUGGGGAAGCUGGAGAGAAUAAGAUGGGUUUGACUUGGUUCUAGUCUGAUUAACUGAAGCUCUAGUUCACCCAAGGCAGAUGUGUUAAAAUAAGUUCGCUUGUUGGCUGAAAGUUCGGUUCAUUUGUUGUCGAGAGCUCAGUUCCCUUUGAGUGUUUCUAUAGUCGUCUAAGUGUGCUGUUCUUUGCAUUGCACUGAGCACUCAGUGUUUCUGCCUGUCUGUCAAGAGUACUCCAGUUAUUAGCACCCAGCAUUUACCAACCUUGUGGCACUUUGUAAGUGAUCAGACUGCUCCCUGCCUCCGUGGGUGUCUUUUCCUGCUUCUCCAACACUUAAAAAAAGUUUAAAUCCUAGCAAUAAAUAAUAAUUGGUAUGGA